AUAGAAUAACAAGGAAAAAAACUGCAAAGACUUUCUUUUUCUGCAUUCCUUCAUCCAUAUCGAAAAAUCUGUGACGAACUCAAUCACGAUGGCGUUGCAAGGAAAGCUAGAUAGAUUCAAAAAGCAGCAAGAGAAAUGUCAAUCAACACUAUCGAGUAUAGCAGCAAACAAGGCUGUAUCUGCAUCUGUGCCAAAUGCUCUUGCUCCGGUCAAAUUUUCGACCGAUACGGAGAGACUUCAACAUAUUAAUAGUAUUCGUAAAGCUCCUGUUGGUGCUCAAAUGAAGCGUGUUAUUGAUCUUCUUUUUGAGACUCGGCAGGCUUUAACAUUGGAGCAAAUAAAUGAAACAUGCCAUGUGGACAUGAAAGCUAACAAAGAUGUUUUUGACAAUAUGAGGAAAAAUCCAAAAGUAAGAUACGAUGGAGAAAGAUUCUCUUAUAAGUCAAAACAUGCUCUUCGGGACAAAAAAGAGCUGCUUUUCCUGAUACGCAAAUUUCCCGAGGGCAUUGCUGUUAUUGACUUAAAGGAUUCGUACCCAACUGUAAUGGAGGACUUACAGGCUUUGAAAGGUGGCAGGGAGAUUUGGCUGCUGUCCAACUUUGAUUCACAGGAAGACAUUGCCUACCCUAAUGAUCCUAAAGUGCCCAUUAAGGUGGAUGAUGACCUAAAACAGCUUUUUCGUGGGAUUGAAUUGCCUCGUGAUAUGAUUGAUAUAGAGAGGGAUCUCCAAAAAAAUGGAAUGAAGCCUGCUACUAACACUGCAAAGAGGAGGAGUGCAGCACAAAUGGAAGGCAUUUCAUCCAAGCCUAAACCUAAGAAAAAGAAGAACGAAAUCACCAAGAGGACCAAGCUGACUAACGCCCAUCUUCCAGAGCUUUUUCAGAACUUGAACAACUCCUGAUUUAAGUAACUCAGCGUGUGUUGGGCGAAUUCUCGUAGUUUAUUUAGUGGUGUAAAAAUGAUAAUGUGUUUACAGAGAUUUCCCAUUGUCCAGAAGGAUGUAUCUUUAUUAUUGUAUUAGCUUACUGCCUCAGGUUUUGUGCAUAUUUGUUUUGUUGAAGAAACAACUUUUCGUAGUGGGGGACACAUUGCAAAUUCAGGGUAUUCCUUCCAGGAUUAAACAAGAUUCUUAAGCAAAAGGGCAAAGGUGGCCAAAACCCCUCUUCUAGUGGUUUUUCUAAACUCAAGGUCGUAUCAUUUAAAUCAAGGGCUGAAAAUGGCGGACCAGGUUAGCCAACUAAGUCAUUUAGCAGAGUGAAAACAUUGUCCCUCUCAUUCUUAGGUCCUACUUCUGGAAAUGAAUAAUGAAUUAUAUUGUUUGUUGCCUAUUGGUGAGAAUAAAGACUUCCAUGUAAUUUUAUUAUGGUCCUGAAUUUCAGAAUGAUGUAAUUUUAUUGAACACAUGUAUGAAAUGAUUAUAUACGCACAUAAUUUUGAAUUUUAUACGCA